AUGAUGCGCCGCGACGUGAGCGGUUGCGUUGCCGGGGCCGCCUCCGCUGAGGCUGGCUGCCACGUCGGCGCAUAUUGCCCUUCCUACCACACGGAGCGGUGUGCGAGGUCGCGCGAAACCUCGCCGACCGACUACAAAGACUGCUGCAGCGAGCAGGAGGUCGUCGCGGGGCCUUUCUGCGAACCCGUCGUCGUCGGCUGCCGCGCCGGCGCACGCUCCGCCCUGGCGGCGGAGGUGCUGAUCAAGGCGGGCUUCAUAGAAGUCAAGAGCGUGGAGGGCGGCAUCCGGGCCUGGGUCGCGGCAGGCUGCCAAUCGAGCCACGCGAAGGUGUCCUUCCAGCGCGUGCACGCUUCUGACGGAAUGCGCGUCACAAACUGCCUCGGCGACUGGCUGCUGGCACUCUCGAGGCUAUGCCUACACAGCCUCGCGCGCAUGGGCAGUCAGGAGGGACCAUGCACCUUCUCCGGACAGCGCCGGUCCCUCUCUCUUGGACCGGCAAACUUGGCGGUCUCGUGUCACCAAUGUGGGACCAGUGCGGCGGAUCGCGCCAUCGACAGCUCUGAACUGCGCCUCACCACUGACCGGGAAGGCCGCCAAGUGGGCCAGCACCGGUCACACAUUGUGGCAGCAGUCAGCAGUUAUCUGAUAGCUAGAGCAGCAGCGUCAGGGUCGCAGGGUUGGAUCAUGUCAAGCCUCUCGCCCGGCCGGCCGCGUGCAGACGUCGGCCUGUCUGCUGUCUGGAGUGAUCUGUCGGCGGUCAGUACGACCGAUCAGGUCGGAGUUUUCUGA